AAAAGAUAAAACAAAAUUUCAAAUAUUACGGGUAGUAAUCUGCACCUUUUCUCUCUUUUUUUCUGUUAGUUUCGUCGUUGAUAUAAUCUUCUCCUCUGGCCUCUGCCAUUGGAUCGUGGUCUUGGACUCUUCGAUCCCCUUUACUUCCUUUCCUUCUUUGAUCUUUCAACUCCAGCCGCUCAAUUAAGCAGGGGUUUUCGCAUAGAUUUGCAAGACCUCAUGUUUGUUCUAAAAUAACAUUGUUUUUGUUUUUAUUGGGGGGGAGAUGGGGAAUAUAUUCGUGAAGAAACCGAAGAUCACCGAAGUGGAUAAAGCAAUUCUCUCUUUAAAGACUCAAAGGCGUAAGCUUGCCCAAUAUCAACAACAGCUGGAAGCUGUCAUUGAAGCUGAGAAACAAGCUGCAAAGGACUUGCUACGCGAAAAGAAGAAAGAUAGGGCCCUUUUAGCAUUAAAGAAGAAGAAAGUUCAAGAAGAACUAUUAAAGCAAGUUGAUGUCUGGCUCAUAAAUGUUGAGCAGCAAUUGGCAGAUAUUGAACUGACAAGCAAGCAGAAGGCUGUCUUUGAGAGUUUGAAAACUGGAAAUAAUGCAAUCAAAGCAAUACAAAGUGAGAUCAACCUAGAGGACGUUCAGAAGUUAAUGGAUGAUACCGCAGAGGCAAAAGCUUAUCAAGAUGAAGUGAAUGCUAUUCUUGGAGAGAAGCUAUCUGCUGAAGAUGAAGAGGAAGUUUUAGCAGAAUUUGAGAAUCUGGAAUCUCAGUUAACACUUCAAGAUCUGCCAGAAGUUCCUUCUGCAGCACCUUCUGCUGAGAACGUUGAAGAGAAACUGGAUCUACCUGAUGUACCAACUAAAUCACCAGUCAUCACGGAAGCUGUUAUGGAGGACGCUCAAGAUACGUCAGCUGGCGUGGCUGUGCAAAAGAAAGUUCUGGAGGAACCAAUACCUGCUUGAUUCCAGCUCAACUUUGUUAAUUUUUCAAAAAGUGUGUCAAGUUUCAGAAUGCUAUAAAAGUAUUCGAUGCUAAAAAUUUGUAAUGUUUCAAAAGUUUGUAUCAUAUCUCUUGUGACUUGUGCAAAUUGUGGUUCUGGGGUCAUGUACAAGAUUUCAGAUUUGGACCGUGCUCUUGUGCGUUGCUGACUCGUACGAAGUCAUUUAUUUACCAUUACCUUCAUGCUCAUGUCUGAGUAGUUUCAUGUAAUUCUGUUACCUUUGUAUUAUGCAAGAAAGAAGCCAAUUGUCUCUUUUAAGACCUAA